AGCUUUUAAUAGCUGCUUCCAUGCUGCCUGAAAAGCCACGGGCAUUGUAGCCAUGCCAAAUUCCUAGCCAUGAUCGGCAGCUUGGCUGCCAGGCUUUUCGUCUUCCACCUGACAGGGACUUGGGUUCGUUGGGGUAAGUGUAGCUGCGAAAUCCCAGACAUUUCGGAGGUGAAUUUCUCGGAGGCGCCCCUGGAUCCCUUGGAUCCCUUGGAUCCAUUGGAUUUGCAACUGCUCCAAAUUUCCAACGUUCUUCAGCCCAGUGCACGCACCCAAGCUUCCAGAGUUUCGAUUGCGAAACCCCAGUCCUGGAAUUUCACGCAGAUUCUGCGAGAUAAGCCAACUGGAUCAUUUCUUUCACAUUUGGAUGUGCUCGUUCGCAUGAUCGGUGCGACCUACAACACGACCAGACCAAUCCUGGCGCAGACACCAUUGACUCUGACCGCAAGAGACGGCAGCGUCUGGCAGCGCUUGCCCGACUUUGAUCGUGAUCCAGUACCGGGCGGGGUCUUCGCGCGCGUCUUUCGGCAUGGGGAUGUAGUGAUUCUGGUCUUCAAGGGCGUUUGCACUGACGUCAAGGUGGAACAAUGUCAGAUUGAUCUUUGCUACCUGAAGGAGAUUCAGAAUUAUGGCCCUGUUUCGGACAGAGUGCUGCAGCUGAUGGGCUUUGAUGCCCAGCUCUGUAACACUUAUCGAAGCUUCCUGAAUUUCACAGAGCAGGCGUUUGCUCUGGUGACGGCCAUUCAGGCUUCAUUUCCCAGGUGUGAGCUGCUGGUCACAGGCCACUCCUUGGGUGGGAUGUUGGCCAUGACGGUGGCGUCACGGUCAUCGACCGUGAAGGCCCUGUCUUUUGCUCCAACACCCUGGAAGCACCUGCCGAGCCAGGUUGAUGCCCGGACUUCUAGCCCUGAGAUGGUUGCACUCUGUGAUCCCUACGACUGUGGAAUCAACGCCUUCUUCGUACCUGGUGCACGGCUGGCAGCCACCACCUGCCUGUUUCUGGAGCAGGAGGAGCCCAGACCCUGCCAGGCCUUGGUGGAGCCAUACUUAAAUCACACCUGGCGCCAGCAAAUGGAAACUGAGUCCCCAGGUGACUCUUUAGUGCCGCUCCUCCUGUGCAAGGGCAGUGCACAUCGAUGGCCGCGCUAUGAAAGCAUGGUAGAGGUGGCUGCACGAACACAGAAACUUCCGCUAUGCAGCCGCGAGUUCAGCAUCCUUCAGAGAAGUGUGUCAACAUGAGGGGCCAUUGAAAA